GUUCUUACCACGUCAAUAAGUUAUUAAAAGAAGAUAACCUGGUGAGUGGCGUUACCGCAGUUGUCUGCCACGACAUCACAUUUCCGAAUCCCAGUUUACCAUUUCCAGCACCUUUCCUCCUGAUUUUACCGGAAUAACCUUUCUCCCACUUUUAAUUACUGUCCAGUCCUUGAAACAACCCUAUUUCGUGGGAUUUAAGGAGCGUUCUAUAUUCAGCGGUUGGGAUUUUAACAGACAAAUUCUUGUUCUAAGCAUUGAGCAGUGAACGAAACGGACUCGGGAACGAGGACAUAACUUCAGAGGUUAUUUUCGUAAUAUAAACUACUUGGUAUAGCUUUUUGUCCUUGUUUGUGUCAUCGAGAUGAAGCUUUUGCAGAUAUCUAUACAAAAUCUCCUUAUUCUCUCUCUAAAAAAGUUUAAUUGGAAAGUGAAUCUUAGAGGACCUCACCAAACCCUCUACUGAUUCCGCCAUGUCCUCUCUCACGAGAUGAAGAUGCUCUCUUUCUUUUUCUCUUUUUCUCUUUUCCUCUUGGCUAAGGAAACUGAAACAUUUCUGAUUUAGUUCAUUGAAAUGUCACCAGCCUCUGUUUCUGCUGCUGCUACUGCUACUGUCAUGAUUUCUAUUUCUUUCUUCUUCUACCUUGCGGUGGGAGCUUCCUCGAAUUUAGUAUUCACCACUCAAAAGCCGAUUAAUUCACUAGGAGACUACACCGGACACAACAUCAGCAAGCAAUUGGAGUCCACCAAUGUUAUAAUCAGCGGGAACUUCACAUUUCCAAGCGAAAACCGCACUUUUCUGCUGGGCUUUUUCAGUCCACAUGGAGGUUCGAAAUGGUACCUGGGUAUUUGGUACGCUUCGACCCCGACUCCAACUUAUGUUUGGGUUGCAAAUCGUGAAACACCCAUCACCAGUCUUGCUUCUUCCAAGUUGCAAAUCACUGAAACUGGCAAACUGGCGAUAAUGGAGUCGCCAAAUUCUGUCAUUUGGCAGAGCACAAACGGUGAACGAGCAACGGAUUUUCGCUUUCUGGACAAUGGGAAUCUGGUCCUACUAUCGGCCACCAGGUCAAUAUUGUGGCAGAGCUUCGAUUACCCGACGGACACAUGGCUACCUGGCAUGAACAUCACUAAGGAGCAAUCUUUAACCUCUUGGCGGAGCAUAGCCGACCCAUCACCUGGGUUAUAUUCUCUCAGACUAAGCCCACGAGGGUACAACGAAUUUGAUCUCGUAUACAACAGAAGUUUCAGUUACUGGAGCACAGGCAACUGGACCGGUUCGAGAUUCGCCGGUGUACCUGAAAUGACAGUACCGUACAUUUACAAUUUCCACUUCGCCAAUCCUUAUACCCCCGCGGCAUCGUUUUGGUACACGGAAAUAGCAUUAGAUAAAGCACUGAGUCCCCCGUUAACGCGAUUUCAAGUGGAUGUCGACGGGCAGCUCAAACAAUAUACGUGGUCGACGCAGGCAGAGAAUUGGAAUAUGUUCUGGUCACAGCCGGAGAAUCGGUGUAAAGUUUAUCGGUUAUGCGGGGAUUUGGGAUUUUGUAAAAGCAGUUCCACAUCACCAAAGCCCUGCUUUUGCGUUCCAGGCUUUACGCCUGUUAGUGAUUCCGAUUGGGAGUUUGGGGAUUAUUCUAGCGGCUGUCGCAGGGACAGUGAGGAUUCCUGUGAUAAGACUGAUGGGUUCAUGGAGGUUGGUGUUAUGGAGUAUGAGGGAGCCGUUACGGUGUCGUUUCCAGGUAGUAGAAGCUUUUGCGAGAGGUCUUGUUUGGGUAACUGUUCGUGUAUCGGUUUGCUCCAUGACAAGAGGACUAAUUUAUGCAAGAAUUUAUAUGGGACUUUAUCGUAUUUGAGAAAUCUAAGCUCUGAUAGCACAUAUCAAGAUGUUCUGUUUGUUAGGGUGCCAGAAGAAGGAACUGCAAAGAAGGCCGAGUCGAAAUCUGUGCUUUUGAUUGUUAGCAUUCUUGGGUCUAUUGCCCUUGUUGGGUUAGCAAUCGGAGUUUUGCUGACUCUGCAAGCGAAGAGGAGGAGGAGCAAGGGUAGGAGGGAAGAUGGGGGCUUUCACUUAUUGAAUUUGAAGGUAUUUUCUUACAAGGAGCUGUAUGCAGCAACUCGAGGUUUCUCAGAUAAACUUGGGCAUGGUGGAUUUGGUGCAGUGUUUCAAGGCGAAUUAUCAGAUUCUACUCCUGUUGCUGUGAAACGCCUUGAGAGGCCAGGGAGUGGAGAGAGAGAGUUCAGGGCAGAGGUCUGUACGAUUGGGAACAUUCAACAUGUCAAUCUUGUGAGGCUUAGAGGGUUCUGCUCAGAGAAUUCUCAUAGGCUUUUAGUUUAUGACUACAUGCCCAAUGGUCCUUUGAGUGUUUAUUUACGCCAAGGUGGUCCUAGUUUGAGCUGGGAUGUUAGAUUUCGUGUAGCAGUUGGAACUGCUAGAGGCAUUGCAUAUUUACACGAGGAAUGUAGAGAUUGCAUCAUCCAUUGUGAUAUCAAACCAGAUAAUAUUCUUUUGGACAGCGAUUACACAGCUAAAGUAUCUGAUUUUGGCCUGGCAAAGCUUGUCGGUCGUGACUUUAGUCGAGUUCUAGCCACCAUGAGAGGUACAUGGGGUUAUGUCGCACCGGAGUGGAUAUCUGGAGUGGCCAUUACCACAAAAGCAGAUGUUUAUAGCUAUGGAAUGACAUUAUUGGAAUUGCUUGGAGGCCGAAGAAAUGUAGAGGCACCAGCAUCUCCAGCUGGUGGCAAUGGUGGCAGAGAGGGUGAUAAGGGGGAGAAAUGGUUUUUUCCUCCAUAUGCUGCACAACAAAUAAUUGAAGGCAAUGUAUCAGCAGUGGUAGAUUAUAGACUCGGCAGUGCAUAUAAAAUUGAGGAGGCAAAGCGUGUUGCUUUGGUUGCAAUCUGGUGCAUACAGGAUAAUGAAGAUAUGAGGCCUACAAUGGGGAUGGUGGUGAAGAUGCUAGAGGGGGUAGUGGAAGUGGCCUCUCCCCCAGCACCAAAAUUGCUACAAGCUCUGAUUUCUGGAGAUUCCUACCAUGGGAUUCAGAUGGAUUCUGGAAAUGGUGUUUCUAUCACUGGUGAUGGUUCUUGUGACAACAUGGGGAGUAUCUAGUGGUUCACAAUCAUCUCCUGCUAAUGCCAACUUCACUGUGAAUGGGAAUGUGAAUGUUUAAGUAUCAAGUUCAUUGGUAUUGAGUGGAUAACGGAUCCAAAGCUAAUAACUCCACAGGUCAUCUUGUAUCUGUUAUCUGUUGCUCUUCUCUCUCCCCCCCACCCCCCACCCCCCUCUCUCCUGAGUUGCUGCUGUAAGGAAGCCUUGCUUUUUUGUUUCAAAUGAUUUCAAGCUCAGCAAGAUGAAAUUGGCCCAAUCAUAAUUGUUUGCAAGAUAAUUGGAGUGUCACAAGAUUCAUUAAACCAGCCAUGUGUUUUCUGAAAAGUAUAAUUAUUUGUACCAUUGAGGGCCCCAGAUACACCAUUCCCAUGAUCAUAAAAGGAGAAUGAUUGUCCUGAAUGGCCAAAUCAGCAACUGCUUUUCAUUGCUUGAAGGGUUUAAAGCUCCCUAAGUCCUAAUUAAGGAGUGAAUCAAGGCUUGCCCAUCAUUUUCAAUUUGAAAUUAAGCUACUAUUUGGGUUUAGUUCAUUUUCAACUUUAAUGUCUCUUUCUUCAAUUCGUUUGGUUGGAGUCACAAAUGAUAUGAUCAUCCUUUUACAUUUUUCACUAGGUCCUAGGGACUUAGAUAAGUAUAUGCUCCCAUCUAUUUUUCUUUUCUUUUGGUAAAGCAUAUACUCACUUUUGUCAAUCUAGCUUAAGCUUUUAGCUUUUUAUAUCAUACAGUAUAUCAAAAGAAGAUCAUGAACCAUUUUGAAAGCCAAA